AUGGAUCCUCCAACUCUCCUGCUGUUGCUUCUCCUAAUGUUUGCUUCUGCCAUAAACGCCCAAUUCCCAGCCACCUACUGCGGUUCGACAGGCAACUUCACCGCCAACAGCACCUACCAAACCACCCUCACCACCCUCCUCUCCUCCAUCUCCACCACCAACUAUUUGUCCUUCUCCUACUCCUUCUUCAAUGCCUCUGCCCCUGUCUCCGGUGCCUCCGAAACACUCUAUGUUUUCGGCCUCUGCCGCGGUGACUUCAACGCUAAGGACUGCCGCUCCUGCCUAGAUGACAUUGCCUCUGAUAUGCGCCGGGUUUGCCCCCUCCAGAAGGAGGCAAUCGUCUACAAAGGGAACUGCAUCAUCCGGUACUCGAACGCCUCGUUCUCUGGUGUAGUCGCGACAAAACCCAUGUACGUGGCGGGAGCCCCUGCCAAUUUUUCGGACACAUUCGAUGCAGCGAUGAGGAAGCUCCUGAACAGUCUGGGGGCAGAGGCGGCGGGUGGCAGCUCGCUGAAAAAGUAUGCAUCCAGGAAUGAAUCAGCGGGGGCCGACCUGGUCAACAUGUUUAUGCAGUGCACGCCGGACUUGACAGAGCAGCAGUGCAGCAACUGCCUGGGGACAGGCGUCCAGACGAUCAGGGACUGUUGUGCCGCUUAUGCUGGAGGACGGGUCAUGGUGCCGAGUUGCUUGAUCCUGUGGGGGACCUAUCAUAAUUUCUUCGACUCAGUUAGUCACCCAAUUCCGCCGCCACCGACACGAGCUCCAGCACCAACAUCACCAUCGCAUGAGGCAGAUGUGCUGCCUCCACCACCAGUUGGAAAGAGCAACUCGACGAGGACUGUCAUGAUUGCUGUUGUCACAAGUGUUUCUGCUCUACUUGUCAUCGCCGUUGUCGUGCUCCUGAAAGUGAAGAGGAAGAAGGAGCAGCAGCCCAGACAAAGUGUUGAAGGUGAAGUUGUGCAAGAAAUGAGCAAGGCGGAUUUGCAGCAAUUUGAUUUCAGCACUAUCAUAGCGGCAACGGACAACUUCUCUGAUUCCAACAAGCUUGGACAAGGCGGUUUUGGUGCUGUUUACAUGGGUAAACUCCCCAACGGACGGGAAUUCGCGGUGAAACGGUUGUCGCAGAAUUCCAGCGAAAUGGAAGUUGAAUUCAGGAACGAGGUCAUGUUAAUAGCUAAGCAACAACAUAGGAACUUGGUCAGGCUCCUAGGUUUCUGUCUGGAAGGAGUCGAACGGCUUCUCAUUUACGAGUUUGUGCCCAAUUCAAGCCUUGAUAAGUUCAUAUUCGAUCCCGAGAAGCGUGCGAAUCUCAACUGGGAUAAGCGCCACAAGAUAAUAAUGGGCGUCGCUCGAGGAAUGCUUUACCUACAUGAAGAAUCUCAAGUUGGUAUCAUCCAUCGGGACCUCAAAGCCAGCAACAUUUUGUUGGACUCAGACAUGAAUCCAAAGAUAUCGGAUUUCGGUACGGCGAGGCUGUUCAAGUUGGACCAAACUCAUGCGGAGACAAGCCGAAUCGUGGGGACCUAUGGAUAUAUGGCACCAGAGUAUGCUAUGAAAGGAAACUUCUCUGUCAAGUCAGAUGUAUACAGUUUCGGAGUGCUGGUUUUGGAGAUUGUGAGUGGUCGCAGGAACAAUCACCGCAUCGGCAAUGUCAUGGAGGAUCUUAUAAGCUACGUUUCAAAGAAUUGGAGGGAAAGAUCAAUAGCGAACAUCAUCGAUCCCUCCAUAAAUUCCUGUUCGAGUACUGAAAUUGUGAGGUGCAUCGAGAUUGGUCUGCUAUGUGUCCAAGAAAAUGAGGCCAGCCGACCAACCAUGCUCUCGGUUUUCCUCAUGCUUAACAGCCAGUCGGUUGCUCUCCAAGUGCCGUCCUAA